CGCAUGCGUCAACCGGAUGUGUACGGAAGAGCUGCAGCAGCAUGUUGAACGGUGCGAACUGAAAUGUUCAAACACGUUUUUCUGACAGGACAUCCAGGUGUGGGGAAAACCACUCUGGUCCAGAAAGCCUGUGAGGCUUUAGUGUCAUCAGGAGUGGGAGUUGAAGGGUUUUACACAGAGGAGGUCAGGCAGGGAGGCCGGAGAGUCGGCUUUGAUGUAGUCACAGUGACAGGAGAGAGGGGCCACCUGUCCAGAAUCAGAGAUGUUUCCGGUUCAUCUCAUGGCAGACGGGAAUACGCAGUCGGGCAGUAUGUGGUUGACUUGACUUCAUUUGAAAAUCUGGCUCUCCCCCUCUUCAAAAAUGUAGGGGCAGCAGAUGGGGGCAGCAGGAAGGUGUUUGUCAUCGACGAGAUCGGCAAAAUGGAGCUCUUCAGCCAGUCGUUCAUCAGAGCAGUGAGACAGACUUUAGGAAGCUCCUCCUUCACCGUCCUGGGCACCAUCCCCAUCCCCAAGGGUAAACCACUGGGCCUGGUAGAGGAGGUGCGGAGCAGGGGAGAUGUCAAGGUCUUCACUGUGACAAAGGAAAACAGGAAUGCCAUUCUACAAGACAUUGUAUCAACAUUACAAAAUUGUUUAAAACAUACAGCCUAAUAUGGACAUGUAGAGCCACUACAAGAGAAAGACACUGCAUUUUUUUUUUGCUGACAAGUUUUAUUUGUGUCUGUGCGUGUUCUGAGUGUUCAGUGAAUCUACACACGCUUUAUAACAGGGUUUUGACCUAACCUGAGGGGCAAACUGAGCUUCUAGGAGAGUUACUGUGUCACAUGCAUGUAUUUAUGUACACAAUCCAUUUUUUUCCGUCUCAUACAGCCUCAAAAUGGAUUGCAUGCUGAAUAAUUGAUUGCGAGAUGGAACACAGCGGGGGAAUUGUUCAGUUAGUGGGUAAAUAUCCUGAGCUCUCAGAGUCAAAGACUGCUAGUCAUGAAAACCGCUCUGUUUUAUUUUUUAUUUGGCUGUUGGCCUUAUCGAGACUCCAGCACACAUUUCUCAUUUAUCAGUGUGUAAUAUUAAUUUGCUCUGGAGGAAAAUUGUUUUUUUUUUUGUUUGUUUUUUAUAAAGGGUCAAACAAAGCCUGUUUAUUCAUUUAGCUCUUUGCGAUGUGACCCCCCCUUGUGUUUGUCUAGUCAACCUGAGGAUGUGCUCACUGAAAAUCAAUCCAUAUUUAACAGUGCAACAAUGUCCAACGCUUUCAUGGUUUAUUCAUACUCUAGCAUGAAGAGAAACAUGAAAAAUAAACAGAUAUUGUCUUUUA